AUGCGCGCCAUUACGGGGAUACGGUGGAUUGGGGUAUGCAUCAUCCUGCUGUACGUCUCUCUGUUCGUCUACGGCUUGGACGCGACCAUCGCCGCCGAUGUGCAAUUGACGAUUAUUCUCCUGUACGUGGCAACCUCGAGCACCAUUACCUCACUCUUCAUUGUCGUCUACUACGUACCCAUCUAUUUCCAGUUUCUGCACGGGGAGUCGGUGAUGGACGCGGCGGUGCGGCUGCUGCCCGACAUUGCGGUGACGGUGCUCGUGAAUCUGGGCGCUGGCUCGCUGAUUGCGCGAGUCUAG